AUGUUGAACGCCGGCUUCGUUCUCCUCCCCCUAUACAUCUGGCCCACAGCCAAUAGCUGGCAACCUCUCUUCGCCGCCGCCAAAGCCUACCCAGACGUACAAUUCCAAGUCAUCGUCAACCCAAACGACGGGCCCGGCACCGGCUGCCCAUCCUCCGACUACGCCACCGCCAUGGCCACCCUGAACUCCCACCCCAACAUCCAAGCCCUAGGCUACAUCCACACGGCCAACAGCUGGGACUGCGGCGACUCCGGCAGCGACAUCUGUCCCUGCACCCGCCCCACCUCCGACCUCGAAGCCGAAAUCUCCGCCUACCAAGCCUGGAACGUCCCGGGAAAAUGCAGCAACGCCGAUAUCCAUCUCACGGGAAUCUUCUACGAUGAAGCGCCUUCCGCCGCCUCCAACGCAGAUUACAUGUCGCACCUUACGACCUUCGCGGGCGAAACGCUGACGAGAGGAAAUACUUCACUUUUCAAUUCCGGGCAGAGCGUGGAUAGUAUCUUCUACAACAUCGCAGACUACAUCAACACUUUUGAAUCUUCCGGGUCCGCCUAUACUUCCCAGACAAAUCAGGGCAAAAACGUAGGGAUGAUCAAUCUGCAGGGGACGAAGAAGACGCAAACGACUAUGAUUAUUAACUCCUUUGGUUCUGGAUUGACAGGGAUGCAGAAUGCUGUGGCACAGGCGCUGGGACAGCAAAAGGUGGCUGGUUUGUAUGUUACCGAUCAGCCAUCUUACGAGGCGUUUCCUAGUGAGUGGUUGGGGUUUGUGGAAUUGGUUAGUCAGACCAUGGGUGGGUUGGGCGGUGGGCAGAAACUGAAGUGCUGA